AUGACGGUCGAGGCAAUCACCUGCGACUGGAGAGUCAAGUCGAUCAUGGGCAAGGCUUCGAACCUGGCAUGGGCGAAACAGGCCACAGGUCCUAUGCCUCUAGAAGCCAUUCAUUACUUGAUAAACUUGGCUGUUACUAAACAACGAAACGUACUUAUUGGUACAAAAGCCAGUAACCUCGUCUAUGUUACCAAGGAGUUUUUCCAGGAAAGCCCUCUCGGCAUUGAAGAGGCUACCGUCAAGGACGAUGUUCUGGGCUUCUUUUCCCUUGUUCUUACCUACGCCAAAGCAGCUGGACAGCUCAAACAAUGGCCUCAAGCCAUAUUUAAAGAAGCAGGUGUGACUUCAUGUCGGGAAAAUGACUAUGAUCAGGAUGAGAAGAAGCUGUAUACUAUCGCUGAUCCAAAUAAAUUCUGCGACUUGAUAAACGGCAAGAUGGUGCCCUCUAAUAAACUCUUUAGGGGCAAAAUGAGUUUUACAUACGACUUUACAGACCGCAAGAGUAAGACGGCCCUUGAAAAGGACUCCCUUGCGGAGGACCUGGACCGCCUGAUGCUGGCUCAAAUGGGGAAUCUGGAGCAGAAGCCCGAGUAUUUAGUCGACACCCAGCGCCCAGUGCCUCUUUUCGAGUUCCGGGGCUUGGGAUCCAGCACGGCGGCCACGAUGGAGAAGGAUGUGAAGGAAAUUGAGGACAUGUUCCUCGAAUUGCACAAGAAAUACGAAACGGCACCGACAGCGUUCACAAAGUGGUGGAAACGUGCAGAAAGCGCGGAGCUUAUUGGAAUUGGUGGCCACACGGAGCGCGGAGUCGCCCAACGCAUCUGA